CUCUUCCCAUACCCCCACAAGAGGAUCCAAAACUCUUUCCUCACCUAAUCCUUCCCAAUAGGAUUAGCCACCCUCAUCUCUAUUCUUUCAUUUAAACCCUACUUUUGAGGGUCUCGUCCCUGGAUACUCAUCUGCAACUCUAAUUGCCCACUUUCAAGUCCAACUACCCAUUUCAUCCUCAGUCCUGAAAAUUUCUAUUCUCAGCUCCUGACACUCAUCCAUAGAGCCCACCCUAAGGGACCCUCAAACACUCUCUCCCCCAAUUUGUGACCCAGCCUCAAACUCUCACCACUACCCUGUCCCUCACCAUCUAUCUCUCCCUCUGUUCAGUCUGGGCCCACGCCUUGUGCCCUUGAAGACAUGGAGUUUGUGUCUGGAUACCGAGAUGAGUUCCUUGAUUUUGCUGCCCUCCUCUUUGGCUGGUUCCGAAAGUUUGUGGCAGAGCGUGGGGCUGUAGGGGCCAGCCUUGAGGGCCACUGGCGACCGCUGGAGGCUCAGAUCAGGAGGCUGCCCCAGGACCCUGCCCUCUGGGUGCUCCAUGUCUUGCCCAACCGUAGUGUGGGCAUCAGCCUGGGGCAAGGGGCAGAGCCAGGCCCUGGAGCAGGCCUAGGGGCUGCCCGGCUCCUGGGGGAUGAGCCUCCACUCCACCUGCGAGACCUGAGCCCCUAUGUCAGCUUUGUCAGCCUAGAGGAUGGGGAGGAAGGAGAGGAGGAGAUGGAAGAGGAAGAGAAUGGAGUGGAGGAGGGUGCAGGCGCAGAGAAGGUGGAACCAGAGGAGGGUGGUGAGCCAGCCCCUAUCAGUAAAGAGUCCCCCCAGGAAGCAAACCCUCCAGGGGAGCCAGAGGAGGCUGAGCAAGAGGCAGGAGGUGGUGAGGACGGCUGCAAAGAGGACAGGGUGGAGGAUGAAGCAGGACCAGAGAAGAGAAGUGAGGCUGCACCUUUGCACCUUUCCUGCCUCUUACUGGUGACAGAUGAGCAUGGCACCAUCUUGGGCAUUGACCUGCUAAUGGAUGGAGCUCAAGGGACUGUCUCCCAGGGAUCGGGGACGGACAACUUGGCUUCUCGGGCCUAUGCUCUCCUCUGCCACAGCAUGGCCUGUCCCAUGGGCUCUGGGGACCCCCGAAAACCCCGACAGCUUACGGUGGGAGAUGCCCAGCUGCAUCGACAGCUGGAGAGCCUGGUCCCAAGACUGGGUGUGAAGUUAGCCAAGACCCCAAUGCGGACGUGGGGCCCCCGGCCAGGCUUCACCUUUGCUUCCCUUCGGGCUCGAACCUGCCAUGUUUGUCACAGGCAUAGCUUUGAAGUGAAGCUGACACCCUGCCCCCAGUGCAGUGCUGUCUUGUACUGUGGAGAAGCUUGUCUCCGGGCUGACUGGCGACGGUGCCCAGAUGAUGUGAGCCACCGAUUUUGGUGCCCAAGGCUUGCAACCUUCAUGGAGCGGGCAGGGGAACUAGCAUCCUUGCCUUUUACCUACACUGCAGAGGUGACCAGUGAAACCUUCAACAAGGAAGCCUUCCUGGCCUCUCGAGGCCUCACUCGUGGCUACUGGACCCAGCUCAGCAUGCUGAUUCCAGGCCCUAGCACCCCUAGGGACCCCCGGGGCAACAUGCCAUCCUUUGGCCAUCUUCUCAGUGAAGAUCCCUAUCAGCUUCUCCAGGGAGAAGGGCCUGCCCUCAUGCCUCCUGUGCCCCUAGACCCACCUAGAAGCCUCUUUGGCUCAUGGCAGGACUACUACACAUGGCGUGGCCUCAGCUUGGACUCCCCCAUGGCUGUGCUUCUCACCUAUCCACUGACUGUGUACUACGUCAUCACCCAUCUGGUGCCCCAGUCCUUCCCUGAGCUCAACAUCCAGAACAAACAAUCGCUGAAAAUACACGUAAUAGAGGCUGAGAAGGAGUUUGACCUUGUCAUGGUGUUUUGGGAGCUCUUGGUCCUUCUCCCCCACGUGGCCCUGGAACUGCAGUUUGUGGGUGAUGGUCUGCCUCCUGAGAGUGAUCAGCAGCAUUUUACCCUGCAGAGGGAUGGCCCCGAGGUGUCUGUCCGUUCAGGUUCUGGCACAUCAGCUCGUCUCAACUCUGGUACUAAGGAGAAGGGGGGCCGCAGGGACCUGCAGAUUAAGGUGUCUGCAAGGCCCUACCACCUACUCCAGGGGCCCAAGCCUGACCUGGUUAUUGGAUUUAACUCCGGCUUUGGUCUCAAGGACAUUUGGCUGAGCUCUCUGCCCCGUUUACAGUCCCUCCGGGUGCCGGCCUUCUUCACCGAGAGCGGAGAGUAUGGUUGUGUGAUGGACGACCAGACCAUGGCGGUGGCAACUGGAGGGGGCGCCAGCCCUCCGCAGCCCAACCCUUUCCGCUCUCCCUUUCGCCUUAGAGCGGCCGACAACUGCAUGCCCUGGUACUGCAACGCCUUUAUCUUCCACUUGGUCUACAAGCCUCCGCAGGGCAGCGGGGGCCGUCUGGCGCCGGGCCCAGCGCCCCCGGCCCCAACUCCUGCCGCUCCUCCCGCUCCCACCCGAAGGCGCCGGGGGGAAAAGAAACCCGGGCGGGGCACCCGGCGGCGGAGAUAAGCGCUGGGAAUGUGGCAGUCGGUCCCCUUCCACAAACUCCUCGGAAAGGAAAAUAUGCAAACACACUACGCCUGAGGGGGAGGAUUGGUAGACGGAACCCGAAAGGUAAAUAAAAUUA